AUGGGAAACUGCAUCACAUACCACAAUUCAUCAAAUUCUGCUGGGAGAGUGAUUCUAUCGGAUGGUAGGGUUUGUGAGUUUGAUAAACCGCUAACGGUGGCUGAGCUGAUGCUAGAAUACCCACAACAAGUUGUGGUCGAGUUUCACUCAUAUUUGACUGAAAAGAGGCCACCACCAUUGCCCGCUGACAAGAAGCUAGAAAUGAAGUUGUACCUAAUGCUGCCUAUGAAGCCAGGGAAACCAGCAUCAUUAUCAUCAGAAGAAGCGAGACGUGUUCUUUUGAGUGCGAACUCGGUUUUAAGAUCACGGUCUUCUUUAUCAUCAUCGAGGUUUCUCCCUUUAUUUGCUAUGAUGUGCCCUGCUGGAGUUGGAGAGGAACAAAAGCUUGUUAUGCGAAAGAAGGAAUGUUAUGUAGAGGAGAAGCCAGCUGCGGAUCAGAAAUAUGAUUCUGAGCUAACAGAGAUUUUUGAGAGUAGGCCUGAAUAUCUGAGUAGGCAGCUUUCAGGUAAAGGGACGUGGAAGCCUAGCUUGGGCACUAUCAAUGAGAAAAGGGUAGAGAAAAAGAUCCCUCGCUGGUUGUUUUGA